AUGCGCGCCACACGCGGCUCGGAGCGCCACGGAAAAAGGCCCAAGAAGCACAAAGACCGCGGCGUCAAGUUCAACGAGCGGCACGCGCUAAAGUACGGUCUGUCCGUGUGCAGCCGCAAUGCCAACACGUGCGUCGUGGAGUCGGUCAUGUGCAAGUUUUGCGUCGCGUUCGGCAAAGAGUCGGCGGCCGACCCGACCCGCAAACGGCGCGCGACGGCCAAUAUAAAGUACUUCCGCCAGCCGUUUCGGGCGGACCACUACCUGUCGCACUUGGAGAUUAACCACAAGGCCAAGUGGAGCGACUACGAGCAGCUGUCGAGUCUCGAGAAAGACAAGUUCUUUGCUGUGCACGUCCAGGAGGUCGCGAGGAAUGCGCUGGCGCUCGCGCAGCCGCAGCUGUGCGCUGCUUUAGUACCGAGCAGUGAUAUGAGUGUGGAGGCUGACUUGAUGGAAGUGGGAACGCCAGAUGUGCAGCGUGUGGGACCUGUGCGUCUACCGGCCUCGAAGAUUGAACAGCGCGUGGUGGAGGAGCUCAUAGGCAGCAUGUUCUUUGAUGGCCGUCAGGAGAACCAUCUGUCCUCGAAGACGCAUGUUCUGGACGUUUUCUGUCGCACGGAGGAUGCAGGCGAUUACGAAAUUGUCAUUAAGAAUCGGCGUCUGUACGAUCUCGCCAUUAAGUUCGUCGCCUGUGGCGCGUCCUUCCGUCUGGCUUCCCACAUGGUGCAAUGCACAAAAGACGAAACAAAGCUGGCUUGUUAUGGUGGGUGCUCAGAGCAGAGAGUAGCAGGUUACGUCUGUGCAGUAGUAGCAAGCAACCUGCAAAAGAUUGCACUGAUGAUGCGCUCCUCGUGGACCUACACGAUCACAACGGACGCAGCUGUCCAUCAGAGCACAUCGUAUCUGGGCAUUCGUGUGCGUUUAUGGCAGAAUGGUGCGCUGCACGACUUUCACCUUGUAAACUUGCCCGCGUUCGACCAGCAUCCAGCCCCAGCCGUUAUUCAACAGCUCGCGACGUUACUGAAUGUCAUGGAUGUACAGUGGAAAAGCAAAUUGUUGGGCAUAACUACCUACAGCAGUGGUGAUACAGGACACAAUACUGGUACGACGGGAUGGCAACAGGGACUUUCAUCACGACUCGCGACACUUGUGCAGAAGCCCGCUUUUUAUCGUAUCUGGUGUGGUGUGCAUCGGUUGGAGGUAGUCGUCAAGAAUUGCGUUCUUGCUAUCAGUCACAACGCGUUUUAUGAUGAACUUGUGUCCAUCCUUGCUGCGCUGCGCCAAGAUCAACAGGCAUCUGGCGACGACUGUUCGGAUUGCCUUUUUGUCGGUACCAUCAUUCCUGAUCUCAUGACUGCGUUUUCCGGUGCACGAGGGUUUACCGAAAAGCUGACGGCAGUACUGAUGUGGUUGAUGGAGCACCGCACAACCGUCGUGCAACGGCUACGAACUAAGUCGCCAGCAUCCGAGCCGUCUGCUUCUUGGUGGGUGUGCGUGGCUGCUGCGCACCGCGUGAUGGCUGAAGUUACAUACGUCAUGAAAAAAUUGCUGAGCAUGGAGAGUGGACCAAAUCUUUUGAGUGAGCAGGUGCAAGAGUUGCGCAAAUUGGCGCUCAUGCUGGCAGACGUCGCCGGUACCCGGCGAGAUUUGUGGGAGUCUCAAGACCCUAGCGUAUGUUGUGCUGCAGGGUCGUUCCAGUUGACCUUCCAGAAUGCGCAGCAAUUUAUUCAGAGUGAGGGCGGUGCUUUGGCUUGCGAGAUGUUCGACAUGCUUCGAGGAGUUGAGCGGCUACAGAUCACGAGAUCUGUGGCACACUUCGUAGUAGACCUGACCUUCAAUAUCGCCACGAUUGCCCAGGAGGGACGGCGCUAUUGCGAGGAAAAUGUCGGAGUGCUCGUUAAUGUGCCGAUUGUGAUGCCUAUCGAAGUGUGUGAAAUGGGAGAAGAAGCUUUUUCUAAACUCCUCUGCGAGCAGCAACCGCGAUUACGCGAAAGCUUUUCCGACGAUGAAGUAGAGGCUAUCCGGACCGAGUACGACGAGUUUGUGCUGGCCGUGAAGCGUGAGCCUAUCCUUGGUGGUGUGCUGAAGAAGCACGACCGCGACACGGACACGUCCUUUGCCUGGUCGUGCGUAGAAGGUAGAUUCCGCCUGUUGCAGAAUUUUUUUGGUGGGCUGGCGUCCGUGGUCCCCGACCCGACGGCUGGUACUCUGUCAGCGGACCUGACCUGCUUGAACUGGGAGAAGCCUGACUACCGUCAGACGAUGGUCGACUUUGCACUUGAAGGCAUCUUGCACGCCAAACAGAAGAUGAAGGUAGAGCUGGUGGAAGUCUACUGCUUCCAAUCGGGGGCUUCGACAUCCACUGCUAGCGAUAGCGUAUCGGGCAGUAGCAGACCAGGCACACCGGAGGCGAAUUUUGUGUCAUGUGUUGGGACGGCCUCGACGAUUGUACCACACGAUACCAGCAUGUUGGACACGUCUCUUCCAGCAGCGAACGUGGCGAUGCCUGUGAAAACUCAAAGUACCACGGAAGCGCAAGAGAGUGUAAAUAUAGCUGGUGUGGCUGUGACGAUGUCGAAGAAGGAAGGGCUAGCUCCUGCAAGCAGCAUUGGUGGCGCUAGCACCGUCACUAGCUCGAAUCAUGGAUACACGCUCGUGUAG